GGGGAGACCAUUCGAAUGGUUGAAUUGAUGACUUCGAUUCGAUCUUUUCGACUGAACCUAAAGGAGACUUCGAUCAUUCAACUUUAGCUUCUGAAGGAGGAAUCAUGUCACUUGGAAUUUAGGAAAGUGAAUCCUCUCUUUCAGAUCCUGGCCUUGGUAGAACUUGUCUUUGAUUGGGAUUUCGAUUGAAAAGAUGUUAGGCCGGUUCCUCAUGUGCCUAAGAAGCCGAGGCAAUCUCGAUUGAAGCCAAUUCAACAUUUUCCUACACAAUCUUAUUUAUAGAAGUAGCACUCGAUCAAAGGGGAGCAUAAGCAAGUUCAGUGGUAGAAACCUCUGUAAUCGAUGGGAACCUCGAAGCUGUCUGGGGCAGGAGAAAACUCAUAUUAAGCACUGCCCCAGCAUCAACUGGUACAAGGAGGAGGCACGAUAGCGAAGAUCAAUCCAUCUCAAUCUACAAAAAGCAUUGCCUUGGGCAUGCAACCCAAAAAGAUAGAAAGACCGCUCGCUCGAAGAAAACUCUUUUAGAGCCUGGUACCAGCCAAGCCCCCUCUCCUUACAGUCAAGUGGCUGAACGCCCCCUCGACUCGGCAACAAGAGUCGGUUAUGGAAUAGCCUUUUAGACGGCUUUCUCGUUCUUAAGGACUUUCUAGCCGGUAGGCUUUAUAGCGGACCUUCCUUGCUGACAACUAGGAUAUUACAUAUGUAGUUGCGCUUGCCUUCACUUAGAAACUCUACACCCCCUAUUAGAGUAAGGCAUGCUCUCGAAACUAGAUUCACUCGUUCUUGUCUCCAGCGAUUAACCUAUUCCAGAGCAGUCUGGUGAUUAGCCUAUCCCGCACUACUCGAAGCCUUCGUAAACUCAUUGUCGGUUUCUAUCGUAAUGGAGGUUGCUGUGAGGAGAUCUUUGUGCCAGUGAAGAUUGCUUCCAAUGAUCGGGAAAUAAAAAAUAUAAAAAACAUUGCUAUAUUUCCAACACUCCGGAUAGGCGGAAGGGUCUAUGUCCAUCCCCAACUUCCUUUCAAUCCACAUCGGAAAAUUGAGGCUUUCUCUACUAGGAGUCAUCAAAGGAGGAAUGGGCAUACGCUGGUUCGAUAAGUCAAGGAAAAACAACCACCGCUUGGCUUGGUUUUGACACUCAAGCGACCCGCCCUGCUAAAGAAGAUCGAUGCAAAGGUUAGAUUUCACCACCUCUAUCUACCCAACUAGUACUAUUUGAUCUACAAAAAUCCAACCUGGAAACUUUCUCUCCCCCAGAAAACCCUCUAUCCCCAAGCCCCUUUACUAGGUUGGGCAAGCUUUGAUGCCCCUACUCCCAAGAAGUUGCUGGUCGGGAUCGUGGAACUGUCGCUCGAGAAGUAAGAAGCUGAUCCUUGUUUGGUCAUAAGGAUAAUAGUUCUUCUUAGGUCAGGGGCGGCCGGACCGGGGGUUACCCGCGAUUGGUAAUGACACAACCAGAAGAGGAGUAGGGGAGACAGGGUUAGGCGUUGGGUAGCGCAGCGCAUCUGUUUCGGGUACAGAGGCGACGAGAGGUGCUAACCCGGCCACCCAACCCAGCAGGUCAAGGGCAGGCCGGCCAUAGGUUCGAAUCCUGCCACCUUUCUUGUGGAUCAUCCUGUGGUUACCGGAUGAUGGGAAUAACAAAGCAGAAAUUUGGAAAUGAGCACGAAAUGUCAAUAUAUGAAUUGUUUCAUUAUUCGUUAUUUCCGGGUCUUUUCGUUGCAUUCACUUACAACAAGAAACAACCACCAGUGUUUGGUGCAGCACUUGCGUUUUGGUGUAUUCUUCUUUCUUUCCCUGGUCUUUCGUUUUGUCAUAUUCCUAAUAACUUAUCCAAUUACAAUGUAUUAACCGCUAAUGCACCUUUCUUUUAUCAAAUCUCAGGGACAUGGUCUAAUCAUGAGGGUAGUAUUUUAUCAUGGUGUCGGAUCCUAAGUUUUUAUGGAUUCCUUCUUUGUUACCGGGGUCGACCCCUAAGCCAUAAUGUCUCAAAACGAGGAGCUGAAAGCCACUUGACUGUAAGGAGAGGAGGCCAUAGAGAGUUUUUUUAUUCCUUUGUUUCAAACUUCGUGAAGAACUCCAUUCUAUCUCUCCCUCGUUACGAACAAAAAAGUGGAAUGAAAUCCCAGUUAUACACUCCCUUCGUUCUACGAACCCUUGUUGAUUCUAAACUUUGUUCGCGCAAGAACCGGACUUUUGACGGGCCAGCCCCUUUUUAUGCGCCGCUUUACCCUGAAAGGAAAAUGAGCUUUGCUCCUCUGGGCGCUAGGCGCUCCCGUGGUUUGCGAGAAGGAAAAAGGAUGUUGCAUCGGGCACGAGAUGAUAAAGAGAGAGCUUCAUCUAUCGAUGAACAGCGGAUUGACGGAGCUCUUGGCAUUGCUUUGUUUUUCUCUCCUUUCAUAUCAGCGAGUUCCGACCCUUUUGUUCAAAAUUUCUUCGUUUGUACUGAACCGCUUGCAGAAUCAAAUCCUGUUCCACAAGAUCCUAUAUCAGCUAUACAUCCUCCUUGCAUUUAUUCCGGAGACGUCGCCAGUGCUAUGGGCUUUGGCUUAUGUAGAUCAAAAAUGAUGAAUGGGAUUGUGGCACUCCACUCGCCGCCAAUGCGGAAGGAUGCCGCCGAAAAGAAUGGAACACUGUUUCGCUCUGUUGGAUGCGUCGGAUCCCGUAUAACAAGCGAGCUCUUUACCCUCAAAUUCAAACAUGUGGGCGCAAAAUGCUAUCCUGCUUUAUUGUUACGUAGCAAUAGAAGCCUGCUUAUGCUGCUUCGGCGGCAUUUUUUGCCCUCUCUUCGCUUUGGACAUGAGCGCUAGUGGACACGGGGAGGGAGCAGGCAAAGAGUGUCGUUCGUAAUGGAAAGAAAGAUACCACUACUUCUCCUCUUUGUUGAACCGCCGGCGCGAACACAGUGGUCUCUGACCAGGACCAGGAACCAAUUCGAAUUUGGAUCUUGACAUGUCGGUGGUUUUUAACCGUAGGCAUUUUGCCAGGAAAUUGGUGGGCCUAUCAUGAAUUAGGUCGGGGUGGCUGGUGGUUUCGGGAUCCCAUAGAAAA